CACUGCCCCCGGAAGAGCAUCUUAGUGUCACAGAAUCCCUGGUAUUCACGUGUGUGAGUUCGGGCUCUGGGGCUCUAAGAUAAAAAGGUGCUGGCCCUGGGAACUUGGCUAGUGGGCGCAGAAGCAAGAAAAGGAGAAAUCUCGUGCCUCUCCGGUCUGCCCAAGGGCCAGGGCCCCCGGAUCCCUGCCACGCUUCCUCCGGUCGGGGAGACCCAGACAUGGCAGCCCUGGAAGAAAGCUUUCCUCGAGGAGGUUCAAGAAAGAUCCACAAAUCAGAGAAGUCUCACCAGCCGUCAGUUGAACAUGGCAACUUAUUUGAUAUUUCCAUUGAAGAAGAAUCCACCAAAAGGAAAAAGAAUCAGAAUGGUCCAGCAAAAACAAAAAAGUUGAAAAUUGAAAAGAGAGAGAAGGCCAAGUCUGUAAAAGAGAAGUUUGAAAUCCUUAGUGUUGAGUCCCUGUGCAAGGGAAUGCGGAUUUUGGGUUGCGUCAAAGAGGUAAAUGAGCUGGAACUGGUGAUUGGCCUGCCCAAUGGCCUCCAGGGGUUUGUGCAAGUGACUGAAAUCUGUGAUGCCUAUACCCAAAAGCUGAAUGAACAGGUGGCACAAGAGGAACCUUUGAAGGACCUACUCCGCUUGCCUGAACUUUUCUCACUUGGAAUGCUUGUGAGAUGUGUGGUGAGCAGCGUGAGCAUUACAGAGCAGGGCAAGAAGAGUGUCAAGCUCUCUCUGAACCCCAGAAAUGUCAACAGAGUACUGAGUGCUGAGGCCCUGAAACCUGGCAUGCUGCUGACAGGUACCGUGUCCAGCCUGGAAGACCAUGGCUACCUAGUGGACAUUGGUGUUGAGGGGACCAGAGCUUUUCUGCCACAGCAGAAAGCCCAGGAAUACAUCCGACAGAAGAACAAAGGUGCUAAACUGAAAGUGGGUCAAUACCUGAACUGCAUCAUCGAGGAGAUGAAAGGCAAUGGAGGAGUUGUUGGCCUGUCCAUAGAGCAGUCAGAGAUUUCUACUGCCAUUGCUACUCAGGAACAAAACUGGAACCUGAAUAACUUGCUACCAGGACUGGUGCUCCAGGCUCAGGUGCAGAAGGUGACUCAGUUUGGCCUUACCCUGAACUUCUUCACUUUCUUCACGGGCCUGGUUGACUUCAUGCACCUGGAUCCCAAGAAAGUUGGAAUGUAUUUCUCAAAUCAAACAGUAAGAAAUGUUCCCUAUGUUUUCUUGGUUCCAGCUGUGUCUCAGGCAGCUGUCCGGUGUCCCAGCCAGCCUCAGGCAGAUCCUGGGAUUACACUGCAGCUGUACAGAGAGGAGGUGAGAGCCUGCGUCCUCUGUGUGCACCCUCGGACCAGAGCUGUGCGCCUAAGCCUGCGCCCCAUCUUCCUGCAGCCUGGACGUCCACUCACUCGGCUCUCUUGCCAGCACCUAGGAGCUGUGCUGCAGGAUGUCCCUGUCCAGGGCUUUUUCAACAAGGCAGGGGCGACCUUCAGGCUGAAGGACGGGGCCUUGGCCUAUGCUCGGCUCAGCCAUCUCUCUGAUUCUAAGAAUGGCUUCAGACCUGAGGCUUUCAAACCAGGGAACACUCACAAGUGCAGAAUUAUUGACUACAGCCAAAUGGACGAGCUGGCCUUGCUCUCCCUGCGGACGUCUGUUAUUGAAGCUCAGUACCUUAAAUAUCAUGAUAUCAAAACUGGAGCAGUGAUAAAGGGCACAGUGAUGACCAUAAAGCCAUUUGGGAUGCUAGUGAAGGUGGGUGAGCAGAUGAGGGGCCUGGUACCUGCCAUGCACCUGGCUGACAUCCCAAUGAAGAAUCCCGAGAAGAAGUACCAUGUCGGGGAUGAGGUCAAGUGCCGGGUUUUACUUUGUGACCCUGAAGCUAAGAAGUUGAUACUGACUCUGAAGAAAACUCUGGUCACAUCCAAACUGCCUGUCAUUACCUGCUAUGAAGAUGCCAAACCUGGCCUGCAGACACAUGGCGCCAUCCUCAGGGUCAAGGACUAUGGCUGUAUUGUGAAGUUUUACAACGAUGUGCAGGGGCUGGUGCCCAAGCAUGAGCUUAGUGACCAGCAUAUCCCUGACCCGGAGAAGGUCUUCUAUGUUGGCCAGGUGGUGAAGGUUGCUGUACUAAACUGUGAGCCGUCCAGAGAAAGGAUGCUGUUAUCCUUCAAGCUGCUGAGUGACCCAGAGCGAAAGAAUGGGAGUGUGGAACGCAGACAGAAGAGCAAAAAAGCCAUCAGUGUUGGGCAGUUGGUGGAUGUGAAGAUUUUAGAGAAGACCAAAGAUGGGCUGCAUGUGGCUGUCCUGCCCCACAAUAUCCCUGCUUUCCUGCCGACCCCUCACCUAUCGGACCACGUCACCAAUGGCCCACUGUUGUAUCACUGGCUUCAGGCAGGCGACACACUUCAUCGUGUGCUGUGUCUGAGCCAGAGUGAGAAGCAGGUUCUGCUGUGCAGGAAGCCGGCUUUGGUCUCCGCAGUAGAAGAUGGCCAGGUUCCCAAGAGCUUCUCAGAAAUCCAGCCUGGAAUGCUGCUUGUGGGUUUCGUGAAGAGCAUCAAGGACUACGGUGUGUUCGUCCAGUUCCCCUCGGGGCUGAGCGGACUGGCCCCCAAAGCGAUCAUGAGUGACAAGUUUGUGACGAACCCAAGUGACCACUUUGUUGAAGGGCAGACAGUGGUGGUGAAAGUGACCAAGGUGGACGAGGAGAAGCAGCGAAUGCUGGUGUCACUGCGGCUGUCCGACUGCAGACUGGGAUCCUCCAGCAGCACCAGCCUGCUGCUCCUGAGCCAGUGCCUGGAGGAGCUGCAUGGUGUGCGCAGUCUUAUGGGCAGCCAAGACUCCGUGCUGAUCCAGACACUGGCCAAGAUGACCCCAGGAAUGGUGCUGGAUCUGGUGGUGCAGGAAGUGUUGGAAGAUGGCUCUGUGGUACUCAGUGGGGGUCCAGUGCCCGACCUGGUGCUGAGAGCCAGCAGAUACCAUCGCGCAGGGCAGGAGGUAGAGGCUGGGCAGAAGAGGAAGGCCGUCAUCCUCCACGUUGACAUGUUGGAAUUGGAGGUUCAUGUUUCCCUGCUCAAGGAAUUAGUAAACAGAAAAGCCCGAAAGCUGAAGAAGGGCCGUAAGUACCAGGCCACCGUGCAGCACUUGGAGGAGUCCUUUGCAUUGGCCUCCUUGGUAGAGACUGGUCAUCUGGUGGCCUUCUCCCUGGCCUCUCACCUCAAUGACACCUUCCGCUUUGACUCGGAGAAGCUGCAAGUGGGCCAGGGUGUCUGCCUCGUCCUCAAGACCACAGAACCGGGAGUGACUGGUCUGCUUCUGGCUGUUGUGGGGCCAGCUGCCCAGAGGGUCCUGAGGCAGACCCGCAAGGACUCGGAGACAGUGGAUGACGACGAGGAGGGCGACCCGGCACUGGUCACAGGGCUGAGAAGGCAGCACACACUGGCUCUUGGGGACACGGUCACUGGGACGGUGAAGUCUGUGAAGCCCACCCAUGUGGUUGUGACGUUGGAGGGGGGCCUAGUUGGUUGUAUCCAUGCCUCCCACAUCCUGGACGACGUGGUGGAGGGCUCCAUGCCCACUGCCACACUGAAGGUUGGACAGUCAGUGACUGCUCGAGUGAUCGGCGGGCGAGAUGUGAAGACGUCUAAGUUCCUUCCAAUAAGUCACCCCAGAUUUAUUCGAACCAUUCCGGAGCUAAGUAUUCGGCCAAGCGAGCUGGAGCAGGGCCACACCGCUCUGGACACCUACUCAGCCAGCCCUGGGGAGAAGAUUGAACACUACCAGGCCGGGCAGACUGUGACUUGCUUCUUAAAGAAGUACAAUGUGGUCAAGAAAUGGCUUGAAGUGGACAUUGCACCAGACAUUCGGGGGAGAAUUCCCUUGUUGCUCGCAUCUCUCAGCUUCAAGGUUCUGAAACAUCCAGACAAGAAGUUCCAGAUUGGCCAGGCCUUGAGGGCCACUGUGGUUGGCCCAGAUUCCUCCAGGGCAUUCUUGUGUCUGUCACUCAUAGGUCCUCACAAGCUUGAGAAGGGAGAAGUGGCCAUGGGGCGAGUGGUGAAAGUGACGCCCCACAAGGGCUUGACGGUCGCCUUCCCCUUUGGGAGGACGGGGACUGUCAGUGUGUUUCACAUGAGUGACUCCUACUCAGAGACGCCCCUGGAGGACUUCAUGCCCCAGAAGGUUGUCAGAUGUUAUGUCCUGUCCACUGCAGACCACAUGUUGACUUUGUCACUGCGAUUGUCCAGAACGAACCCCGAGACAAAAAGCAAAGUAGAAGAUCCUGAGAUCGACUCCAUGCAGGAUGUUAAAGCGGGGCAGCUCCUGCGGGGCUACGUGCAGUCCAUUGAGCCAAGUGGUGUGCUCCUGGGCCUUGGCCCCUCAGUUGUGGGUUUGGCCCAGUUCUCACAUGUCUCCCAGAGCAGCCCACCCAAGAAGGAUCUUUAUAGGAAAUACCUGCCUGAAGGGAGGCUGCUCACUGCCAAGGUCCUAAGGCUGAACCACAACAAGAACCUGGUAGAGCUGUCCUUCCUCCCCACUGACACCGGGAGGCCAGAUGUGCUGUCCGUCUCCCCAGAACUGCCGCUUCAGAAGCAAGAGGAGCGAGCCAAGGCCAAGGAGAGGGACAGAAAAGAAGAGAGUCAGCAAAGAAAAGAGAAGAAAAACCCAAAGGGGCAGAAGGAGGGGAAGCUGCCCAACAAGGAGCAGACGGAGGUGAAGAGGUUGGGCAAGCGAGAGCGCCAGGAUUCCGAGGGAGUGCGGGAAAGGGUGAACAAGAGGCAGAAGAAGGCCAAUCUGCUGGAGGAGGAUGACAGUGGUGUAGAAGUGUAUUAUCGUGAAGGCGAAGAGGAAAUAGAGGAGACCAAGGUGCUGCUCAGGGGUAUGCUGCCCAAGCCUGCAGAAGUGCCCCGGCUGCGACUGUCUUCAGGCUUCCUCUGGGAUGUGGGACUGGAUUCUCUGACCCCAGCCUUGCCUCCUCGAGGAGAGAGCUCUGACAGCGAAGAGGAUGAGAAGCCACAUCAAGCCAUGCACAAAAAGAAAAGCAAGAAGGAAAGAGAGUUGGAGAAACAGCAAUCAGAGAAGGAGCUGUCCCGCAUUGAGGAGGCUCUCAUGGACCCCAGGAGGCAGCCAGGGUCUGCAGACGACUUUGACCGACUGGUGCUCAGCUCCCCUAACAGCUCCAUCCUGUGGCUGCAGUACAUGGCCUUCCACCUACAAGCCACAGAGAUUGAGAAGGCCCGGGCCGUGGCUGAGAGGGCCCUGAAGACCAUCUCCUUCAGAGAGGAGCAAGAGAAGCUGAACGUGUGGGUGGCUCUUCUGAACCUGGAGAACAUGUAUGGCUCUCCUGAGUCCCUGAGCAAGGUCUUUGAGCGCGCCGUGCAGUACAACGAGCCUCUCAAGGUCUUCCUCCACCUGGCUGACAUCUAUGCCAAGUCCGAGAAGUUCCAGGAAGCUGGUGAGCUGUACAACCGUAUGCUGAAGCGCUUCCGGCAGGAGAAAGCUGUCUGGGUCAAAUAUGGUGCCUUUCUUCUACGGAGGAGCCAGGCUGGGGCCUGUCGCCGUGUGCUGCAGCGAGCCCUUGAGUGCCUGCCCACCAAGGAGCACAUGGAUGUCAUCACCAAGUUUGCCCAGCUGGAGUUCCAGCUGGGAGAUGCAGAGCGGGCCAAAGCCAUUUUUGAAAACAUGCUGAGCACCUACCCAAAGCGUACAGAUGUCUGGUCGGUCUUCAUCGACUUGACCAUCAAGCACAGCAGCCAGAAGGAAAUCCGAGACCUCUUUGAGCGGGUUAUUCACCUGAGCCUGGCCCCUAAGAAGAUGAAGUUCUUCUUCAAGCGCUAUCUGGACUACGAGAAGCAGCAUGGCACUGAGAAGGAUGUGCUGGCAGUGAAGGCCAAGGCCCUGGAGUAUGUGGAGGCCAAGAGUUCGGUGCUGGAAGACUAGGCUGGGCCCUGGGCACGGGAGGACUCUAGAAUGCUGCUUUUUCUGCAGCACCCUUAGGGUAAUCUGUCAGGAUGAAAGAGAAGCCCAGGCUGUUGAUUUGUACACUCAA